AUGCGCCACCAACCUAUCCACAAGUCGGGCUUGGCUGGUGCAUGCUUGACGGGGCUUGAUUGUUCAGGUUUGCACUCGCUUGACUGUCAAGAUGGAACUCGCGAUCCAACGAAGCCUCAAGUCCAGUAUAUGAGCACAGAAUUGUCGUACGAGAGCUCUUCAAGUCUCUCCCGACUCGAGCGCCGGCCUUUCCUGAUCUCGAAAGCGGCGAUUAGUGCCGAGAGGAGAUCAUCGAAAGUCAUGCCAUCUGGGUAG